CAAAGGAGCAGGGGCGCCGCCGCGGGGACCCGCCACCCACCUCCCGGGGCCUCACCGCGGCCUCCCGUCCACCGCCACCAUGACCGCCAACGGCACAGCCGAGGCAGUGCAGAUCCAGUUCGGCCUCAUCAACUGCGGCAACAAGUACCUGACGGCCGAGGCAUUCGGGUUCAAGGUUAACGCGUUGGCCAGCAGCCUGAAGAAGCAGCAGAUCUGGACGCCGGAGCAGGCCCCUGAUGAGGCGGGCAGCGCGGCCGUGUGCCUGCGCAGCCACCUGGGCCGCUACCUGGCGGCGGACAAGGACGGCAACGUGACCUGCGAGCGCGAGGUGCCCGGUCCCGACUGCCGCUUCCUCAUCGCGGCGCACGACGACGGCCGCUGGUCGCUGCAGUCCGAGGAGCACCGGCGCUACUUCGGAGGCACCGAGGACCGCCUGUCGUGCUUCGCGCAGACGGUGUCCCCCGCCGAGAAGCGGAGCGUGCACAUCGCCAUGCACCCUCAGGUCAACAUCUACAGCGUCACCCGUAGGCGCUAGGCGCACCUGAGCCGGCGGCCGGCCGACGAGAUCGCCGUGGACAGCGACGUGCCCUGGGGCAUCCACUCGCUCAUCAUCCUCGCCUUCCAGGACCAGCGCUACAGCGUGCAGACCGCCGACCACCGCUUCCUGCGCCAUGACGGGCGCCUGGUGGCGAGCCCCGAGCCGGCCACUGGCUACACGCUGGAGUUCCGUUUCGGCAAGGUGGCCUUCGGCGGCUGCGAGGGUCCUUACCUGGCGCCGUCGGGGCCCAGCAGCACGCUCAAGGCCGGCAAGGCCACCAAGGCGGGCAAAGACGAGCUCUUUGCCCUGGAGCAGAGCUGCGCCCAGGUCGUGCUGCAGGCGGCCAACGAGAGGAAUGUGUCCACGCGCCAGGGUAGGGACCUGUCUGCCAAUCAGGACGAGGAGACCGACCAGGAGACCUUCCAGCUGGAGAUCGACUGCGACACCAAAAAGUGUGCCUUCCGUACCCACACGGGCAAGUACUGGACGCUGACGGCCACUGGGGGCGUGCAGUCCACCGCCUCCACCCAGAAUGCCAGCUGCUACUUCGACAUUGAGCGGCGUGACCGGCGCAUCACACUGCGGGCGUCCAAUGGCAAGUUUGUGACAUCUAAGAAGAAUGGGCAGCUGGCCGCCUCGGUGGAGACAGCAGGGGACUCAGAGCUCUUCUUCAUGAAGCUCAUCGACCGCCCCAUCAUCGUGUUCCGCGGGGAGCACGGCUUCAUCGGCUGCCGCAAGGUCAGGGGCACCCUGGACGCCAACCGCUCCAGCUAUGACGCCUUCCAGCUGGAGUUCAAGGAUGGCGCCUACAACAUCAAAGACUCCACAGGCAAAUACUGGACGGUGGGCAGUGACUCCGCGGUCACCAGCAGCGGCGACCCUCCUGUGGACUUCUUCUUCGAGUUCUGCGACAACAAGGUGGCCGUCAAGGUGGGCGGGCGCUACCUGAAGGGCGACCACGCAGGGGUCCUGAAGGCCUCCGCGGAGACCGUGGACCGCGCCUCGCUCUGGCAGUACUAGGGCCCGCCCGCC